GGGUGGGGAGGGGGGGGGCACGGCUGGGAACCGGCCCCCCCCCAAACCCCGGGCGGUCCCCGCCUCGCCCCAGCCCCGCGCUGGGGGUGCUCAGACAAUCGAACUCCGCACCGGCAGCUUCCUCUCGCCCGGCGCCCCCGGGCACGUCUUCAGCCAUAAGCACAGCGGGGGCGGGGGGGGCCCGGCGGCCAGGAUGCCCUGGGACUCCCCGCCAAAGUUUUGGGGAACCUGGGGACAGACACAUGCCUUCGCCCUGCCUCAGUGUCCCCCCACGGGCUCUGCGUCACAGGUCGGCUCAUUCUCUGCAGGGCAGCUGCCAUGGACAGUGGGUGCCCUCCCCCAAAAAGGGGAAAGGAGGAGGGGGGGCAGUUGUAGCAGCAUCCCCCACCCCACACAGACCCGAGGAAGAAAGGGAAGGUGCCUGCUCACCCCCGGGACCUGGCCUGACCCCUCCCCACCCCUGCAUGGGACCCCCGGGAGGAGUGGGUCACAGCACUCACUUCGCUCUGCACCGACUCCCCCGCCCCGAUCACCGCAGCCACCCCGCUCCUGCCCCCCGAAGUGGGGAGGACAGAGUGGGGGGCUGAACGGGGUGUGGGGGCUGCUCCACGCUUGCACCCACUGCCCUGUCCCCGAUGUCCCCACGCUGUCACCGCACGUCACCACAGUCCUGUAAAUACGGCACCCACUGCCCUCGGCCGGGGGUCCUGGCAUGGGCUGAGCCCCCCCCCCC